AUGGUUGAUUCCAUUAACUCCAAUGCCAAUCAAAAUGCAAAUCCAAACUCAAAUAUUUUUUAUCCAUCCCAACCAAACAGCCCUUAUUUUAUUAGUUCCAAUGAUAAUUCUGGAGUCCUUGUCACUCAAAUGCUUGAUUCAAGCAACUAUCACUCUUGGACACAUUCAAUAAAAAUAGCUCUUCACAUAAAAAAUAAACUUGGGUUUGUUGAUGUAAGCAUUUGUGAACCAUCUGAGGCUGAUAGUCCAUUGAUGGAUCAUUGGCUUCAAUGCAAUGAUAUAGUCAUCACCUGGCUGCAAAACAUAAUGUUUGUUGACAUUAAGAGUAGCACCCUUUAUGCUAAGGCUGCUCACCAAUUGUGGAAGGAACUUGAACAACGACUUGCACAACAAAAUGCUCCUAAGAUUUAUGAAGUAAAGCAAGGUGUUGCUACAAUAAUGCAAAACCAAGACACUGUAAGCUCAGAUACUUCUAAUCAAGCCUUUCCUAGUCUAAAUGAAGUGUACUCCAUAAUACAUCAAGAAGAAAAGAGGCAACAGAUUUCUAUAGACACUUUAGUUAGUGAUUCCAUGGCUAUGAUAGCAACUGCUAGAGAUGUAGGAAGCAAGAAUAUCACUUCUCAGAGAAAGUAUUACUGCAUUUUUUGUAAAGUGCUUGGACAUUCCUUAGAAAGGUGUUUUAAAGCUAAACUUGAGAAACCAGUGUGUUGCAAUUGCAAAAUGCCUGGCAAUGUUGCAGAAAAGUGUUUUAAACUUCAUGGUUAUCCCCCAGGCCACAAGCUCCAUGGGAAGGGUAGACCAGCAUUUGUCAAUCAAGUCACUACCCUUAUGCCAUCUGGACAAGAGCAGGUCGACAACAACCAAGCAGCACUCACUUAA